CAAGAAUGGAAGAUUCGCAUACACCUUCUUCGUCGACUUCCCGAAGCUUUCCUGCGUGUUGGUAUCACGGUGACGUGGAGCGCGCAUCAGUGUGAGUAGUGGUGGGGCAAAUCCGAGCGAGAACUCGAUGGCUACGCUCGAUCUACCCAGUCUGCCCGAGAGUGCACGGCCGACACCAGCCGAGGAACCAGCUAAGGUCUCCGGUAGCCGACCGAAGCGCCUCUACAUAGUAUUCGGAACACGAAAUCGUGCGAGUCCCGGUCGAGUCAGCCAGUGUAUCGCAAGUGCGCUGUAAGUUAUGUUCGAAACCACUCGACGAUCGGCCGCGACAGAUCUCAAGUGAUACCGAUACGCGAUACGGUUCGUUUUUUUUUUUUUUUAUCGGGAGCGUCGAUUAAUAUUGAAAGUGUGUUCGCGGCGGUGUCGUGUGCCGUGGAAUCAUGAUUUCCGCGCCCUAGAGCCAGAGGUGUUCAGAUACUCGAAUAUUCGAACCGAGUCGAGACUCGUAUCGGAUCGGAUCGAACAUCUCGACUCGAAUACUCGAGUAUCCGAACGCCUCCGCUAGAACGAAACAUUUCUUCUUCAAGUUUGAGUGUCUGGGACUUGGAAGGUGCAUACGCAGCGCAACGACCGCGUUUCCUCCUUUUUUUUUUUUUUUUUUUCUUUUUCUUUCGGUCGCUUGAUCGGGAAACAUGUAUUCCGACGGUCACGAGGUGGACGGCAGCUGGGUGCUGCGUGUCUACGUGACCGAUCUUCAAAUGGAGAGGAGUUUACGAGUAAAAGGAGAUUUGCACAUCGGCGGUGUGAUGCUACGCCUGGUCGAGGGACUUGACUUCACCAUGGAUUGGUCCGAUCACGCGCUAUGGUGGCCCGACAGAAAUCACUGGCUGAUCAGAACGAGAAGCACCCUCGAUCAGUAUGGCGUCGCCGCGGAUGCUCGUCUUCACUUCACGCCGAUGCACAAAAUCAUCACGGUGCAAUUGCCAAACAUGACCUGUCGCGACUGCAAAGUAGACUUCUCCGUCAAGACGUUCAACGCCGUGAUCAACUUGUGCAAGGAAUUAGGUAUCAGACACCCGGAGGAGCUGUCGUUUUGCAAGCCGCUCGAGCCGAGUCACCUGAAACACAAUUUAAAAGACCUCCCGGACAAAAAGAGGAUCGAGAACCAGAAGAACGGGCACUGGAACGUGCCGGCGGACACGAACACCUUCAUUCCCGUCAGCCAGAGUCCCAGGGGAUCGACGGGGAGCCUGGACCAGAGCAGCGCUUUCAUGUGCGCACCGGUCACACCCAACAACAGAAAUCACAGCACUCCGAUCAGCUCGCCGCAAACCGGUACGUGGAAGAGGAACAACAACUCGUCGAGUUUCGGUAGCACCGGCUCGUUCAACGCGAACAACAGCACGAUAGGCACGGAGACGUUGAACCGCGGACUGUCCAAGAUCCUGGCGCAGAGCGUCGACUGGGUAGCGCCGGAAAUGUGGGCGAAAGUGGUCAGGCCGAAGAAUCUCGUGGAACGCGCCAGGAUGAACGUCGCUUGGCUGGACUCGUCCCUCUCGAUCAUGGAGCAGGGUAUACGCGAAUUCGACACCCUCAGGCUGAAGUUCAAGUUCUACUCGUUCUACGACCUGAACCCGAAAACCGACGCCGUCAGGAUCAACAUGAUUUACGAGCAGGCCAAGUGGCAGCUGCUGUCCGAGGAGAUUGACUGCACCGAGGAGGAGAUGCUCAUGUUCGCCGCGUUACAGCUGCAAGUGAAUCUCCAGGCGAGCGUGCCGCAACCGAAUUACGACAGCAACGGCGCCUCCUCGCCCGUCGAAGACGACAUUGACGCGGCCUUGACGGACCUCCAGGUGACCCUCGAGGGCAGCAACAUCAGCAACGGGCCCAGCGACAUCACCCAGGUCCCCGAGCUCUGCGAUUACCUGCGCUUCUACAAGACGAGGUUCUUGAAUCUGACGGGCUUCAAGUACUACUGGGUCACGUGCAGAGACCUUCAGCUCAGGUUGUACAAGACCAAGGAGAAGACCAACAGCACCGAGUCACCUGCCUACGUGAUCAACUUGCACGGAUGCGAGGUCACGCCGGACGUCUAUCUCUCGCACGGACGCUACGGGAUCAGGCUCGAUGUGCCCAGCGCCGAGGGAAUGACCCAGAUGUGGAUCAGAUGCGACAAUGAACAACAAUACGCAAAGUGGAUGGCGGCGUGUAGAUUGGCCGCGAAGGGUCGCACCCUCGCGGACGCGUCCUACGAGAGCGAAGUGAACAGCAUCGCGGCUUUCCUGCAACUGCAGAGGCCUGCACGCGCCCCCGCGAUCGAUCCAAACUCCCAUGUGAUCAUUCCAGAGAACUACGUGGCCCAAAAGUUCGCGAAAAAAUUCAAAGGAAAGCUGGUCCAGAGGAUCUUGGAAGCGCACGCGAACGUCAAAGAUCUUCCUUUGAUCAAAGCCAAGCUGAACUAUAUCAAAGCGUGGCAAUCUCUCCCCGAGUACGGGAUCUCCCUGUUCGUGGUUAGAUUCACCGGAAAAAGCAAAGACGAGCUGCUGGGUAUCGCUAACAAUAGACUGAUGCGAAUGGAGCUUCACAGUGGCGAUCACUUGAAAACAUGGAGACUGAACAGCAUAAAGGCCUGGAACGUGAACUGGGAGGUGAAACACAUGAUGGUCCAAUUCGAGGAGGAGAAUAUAAUUUUCGAGUGUCAGUCCGCGGACUGUAAAGUCAUUCACGAGUUUAUCGGUGGGUACAUAUUUCUAUCGAUGCGAUCGAAGGAGGCGAAUCAAACGUUGAACGAGGAGAUGUUCCACAAGCUGACCGGUGGAUGGGUUUAAGGGGCGAGCAAACGAGAGCACAAAAUCUGUUUCUAACGGCUUCGAGCUUUGUCGUUCCCGCCAGGGUCGCGCACGUUGGCUGACAUUUGUAUAAAACACUCGACUCUAUAUUUAGAGACGCUUUAUUAUAGUAUUUGUAAAUAGAAGACCUAUCUCACGAAUAGGGGACAACUAGAUUUUAGCGGAUUUAUCGUACGCACGAGAUAUACGAUCGUGAACGUUGGAUGGAUACGUUGAUGGCGAGUUACUUUUGUACGCGAUGAAAGAGUAAUAUGCAGUUUACGGCCGCUAAAAUCGUGCGAUAGAAUACGAGGCGUAACGUAUUUCGUAAUCGAGCGAAACACGCACAACGAUCGACCCACGAGCGAAUACACCGCGCCCUUUUCUACACGCGACGCCGUUGAUUAAGGUCAUGAACGAAUUAACGUUUUUCCAGCGAUUAGCGCGUUUCCCUUUCUCUGGCCUCGACCUCGCUAAACGACGACGUUCCCGAUGAUCUUUCGGUUGCCAGGUCCAUCUUUCUCGGGCAGAUACAUGUAUUUUUUCACAGCAUGGGGUGCUAUGCCGGGAGAGAUCGACUUCGAGACGCGACGACGCAGCGAAAUCGUGUAAAUUAUUUGUUGUUUUAAUGUAAACUAUAUAUAUAUAUAUAUUAAAAUAAUCGUUAUCUUUAGCGAUAAAUACAUCAUAUUAACUAAGCUUUUGAUCGGUGUAAUCAUUUCUAGUAAAUAAUAAUUCAAGAAAAAAAGUAAGAGUUAAACUAUCGUAAUGUAACGAACGUAUUGUAUAAAUUGUGUACGCGUGGAAAUAGAAUAUUUACCAAAUCUGACCAAUCUUAACUUCCGAUCGUUUCUGGAUGGAUGAUGAGCAUUUUUAGCCCGAAAUUUUAAUAUAUAUAAAAGAUAUUUACUUGUAGCGUGUAACCAGAAGAGUAUAGUUUUGUAUAUUGAUAGACGCUAGGUGUACAAUAAACUUAAUUAUUAUUAAUCCGUGGACUCGUUGGUGGCAGCUUCGUUAUCGGUCAAAAUGGCAGGAGUGGCUCCGAGUUUCCGGUUAAUUUCACGCAACACGCAC